AUGGGGAGGGCCAGGGUGACAGACUGGAGGGGGGUCCCUUUGGCACCCCCUCCCAGCCCUCGUCUCCCGGCCCCCCUGGGACCAACAUCGCGUGUCCCCGCACCAUGCACCGCAGUUCCUCCCCCAUGGCACUGCAGUUUGUUGAUCAGGGCCAGCUGUUCCCCCUGGCCUUGCCUGUGCCGCAGCUAUCGUGGCAAGGAUCAGAGGCGCAAAGCAGCGACGUGA